AUGGAGAUUCCGGUGACAGGGAAUGGUGGUGUCGGUGCCGCGGCGGAUUUCAAGAACGUCGUGACGGACUCAAAGGGCUCGGUGGAAACCAACAUUGACAUGGUACAAAGGCUUAUCCCCGAUCCUCCGGCAUUCGAAUACGGUUCUUCCCAAUCGGUGGUUGCUGGUGCCAUACUAGGCCCGUUGCCGCGUUUGCCUUGGGGCCAGACUUGUUACCUCGGCCAUCAGUGGUAUCUCCGACUUCUUUUAGUGAGGUCAGAUUACCUAGCCUUCGCGGCCCUUGGGAGUGCUCAAUUCGACGUUGAAUCGAAGCCGUUCAACCUUGUCCUCUCCUCCGACGACGCCCAAAUCGACGGCCAAACCCUCUCGGCCUGCCACACCGGCGCCGCCAUCGAGCAGCUCUGCCUCUCCGGCGGCGGCUCCGUCUCCAGCCCCAAUCCCCUCGCGCCCGCGACUUUCCGCUUCAACUCCUCCGCCAACACCGUGCCCCCCGGCCCAGCUCCCGGCGCCCCAGGCGUCCUUAGCUACCAACUGCCUGCGACGCCGCCGAUCCCGUCGGCUCUCGAUUUCUUCUACGACCCCAUCACCAAUUUUGCGCUCCCUCUGCUCCAGCCGGGUUAUGCCGGCCAGACUCUUUCGUUCGACGCAGAGGAGCGUCUGGGCGUGCAGGGCUACGUGAACUACAAGACGAGCCCGCCGACCGCCGGGCAGACCUCGACGUACUACCGGUGGUUUGCAUGCUCGACCUACUUCUCGGGGUACCAGUAUCAGAGUUUGGUGUGGGCGCUAGGAGAUGGUACCGAGCCGGAGACGCCGGACUGCGCCGCGGUGAAUGUGACGAGGGUGUUCAUCUGA